AUUAUUUAAAUCAAAUCCUAAUGUAAGGAGCACCAGGUAACUUUAUAUCGUUUUUACAUUGUUUUUAGAAGUCCCAAGAAGAUUUAGAUUGCUUGAAGAACUCCAAAACGGAGAAAAAGGUAUUGGAGAUGGAACUGUAAGCUAUGGAUUGGAAGAUGGUAAAAUUAGUAUCUGACAUUUGUAGCUGAGGACAUGUAAAUGACAAAUUGGAAUGGAACAAUCCUUGGACCAUACAAUGUAAUUUUUUUCUUCUAGAUCGUAGACAUCAUUUGAGAAUAGAAUCUAUUCACUUAAAAUCACUUGUGGUCCUCAAUAUCCUAAAGUUGCUCCCCAAGUCAAAUUUGUUACUAAAAUCAAUCUCCCUUGUGUCUAAGCAAACGGAUAGGUAUACAUCAUUCAAUAAUACUCAGAUUGAUAUUAAUAAAUUUGGCAUUUUAAAAAAUUGGGUAUCCAAAAAUACACUAGAAAACAUCUUAACAGGAUUAAAAAACGAAAUGAGUUCCGCUGCUAACAAAAAAUUAUAAUAACCCCCUGAUGGCCAAACCUAUUGAGUUAAAAUAAAUCAAUAUAUAUAUAAAAGUAAGGAAAG